UACGACUAUAUGAAGCAGUACCUCUCAGCUCCUCGAAGCAAUUCUAAGGUCCAGUUUUCCACACCAGAUCAGUAUGCACUCGACUAUUCAUCGCGUCAUUUUAUUCUCGUGCGCCGCUUUACUUUGUACAGCAGGCCCCAUUGAAAAAGAAGACACUGCAGUCUUUCUGAGACAUCCACAAGAACAGUUUUGCUCAGCUGAUUUUGCGGUUCGAGCCGAGGUCUUGCCGAAGAACCAGUCAAGAGAAGAGAACCACAAACAAAGUAUAUUCGAACACGAUCUUAAAAUUUAUCAAAUUUACAAAGGGCAGGAGAAAUUCCCGGACAUCACCAUCAACAUCACUGCAGAUAAUGGUUCUUUCGUAAAAGCCUACAGUGUUCACGUUGGGCUUCGAAGCAGCACUGAGUAUUUCCUCGCUGGAAGUAUCAAGAAAGGGAAGAUUCUGCUGAAUCAGCGUAGCUGGAUUCAACCGUGGAAAGAACUUACUAGCGAACAGCGUGAGGGAAUUGAGAGAUUUUACGGUCGAAACUGCGAGUGCCAUAUUACACCGGCUUGCUUUGGAGCAACUGACUGCUUUCAGCCCUUGAAAGGAUGCCAGGUCUCCCACGAUUAUCACACAAUGCAACAAUUCUACCAGGGCUGCGAAUGGCGUUACUCUUACUGUAUGAAAAACAGGGAGGCAACCGCAUGCUCAUGGCAAGAAACCGCUGAGUAUAGAAACUGCAGAGACAAAGUUUUACCUUGAAAACUGACAGCAAACAAACAAAUUAAAGAUUUAAAAAAGAACAAUGAUGUAGGUAAUUGAGGAACCAUCAAAGGUUUCUCGUUGAAAAAGUAUAAAUAUUAUCUAACAUAUGGCCGUCUUGAAUCAAUAUGACUUUUUUUCCACCUACAAAGAAUGUUAAUCAUAUGCAGCUUUGCUGAUGUUAGCUGUGAGCAAAUAAUAAAUGAAAAUGCUGAUAUUAAUAGUAAACACACCAGUAGCUUUCUUGCUCAACACACGAAAUGCCUGACAACUGAAU